AUUGCAAUGAGUUGGUUUAGAAAUUAUUUCUGGAUCAUCUUAGCUGCGGCCAUCAUUGUUGUCUCCUUGGUCCUAGGCUUCCUCUUGUGCUGUGUCUACAGAUGGAAGUUUAAACAAGGCAAGAAAUGGAAAAUUGCCAAGCCCUUGAAACAAAACCAAAGAGAAGAAGAAAAGAUGUAUGAGAACGUACAGUCACCAAGUCCAUUACCCCCUCUGCCACCCAGGGGCUCAUUUUCUCAAGGCAAUUCCCCCCCACAGGAAAUCCCAGCUACAUACUCUUUGGUGAAUAAAGCUACAAACAAGAAAACUGUUUCCACUUUGAACUACAUUGAGCCUGAAAAUGACUAUGAUGAUGUUGAAAUCCCUGGAAAUACUCAAAACCUUAAUUCUAAAGUGGCACUGUAUCAAUCAACAAAGACAAAGUUAUCCUCUGGUUUACAGGAGAGGUGUCAUAUUGCAAUAGGUGAACUAGAGGACUACAGGAAAGCAGGGUCCCCCCAGGAAAAAUCAGGGGAGCACAUCAUUGAUGCUCAAUAA